UUUUUGCUGGUGCCAAAAACGGUUCUCCGGAGAUCAACAAAGAUAAGCUUCAAAAGACAUGCUUUAGCCAGGAAAGUGCUGUAAAAUAAGGAGUGCGUUUUUGUUAAACCUUCUUAAUGGUUACACCCUUCGCCGCCCGGCGAAGCUGGCCGUUCGGCUUUGUCUCCGGGUUGUCUCGAAGCUUCCGAUCAAAUGCUGCUCUUGAAGCCUUAGCCAAAGCGUCGGAAGCUAAAACUCCGAAUCUCAUUCUCUACAACUACCCCUCAUUCUCUGGAGCUUUCGCUGCUCUCUUCUCUCACCUCUUCCACGAUCGCCUUAACCUUCCUCACCUCGCCUUACCGUUCUCUUCAGUCGAACCUCUUAGAGUUGAAGAUUUGUGCAUUGAGGGCCUUGAGAAAUGUUACUUUCUCGAUUUCAUAGGUCCCAAAGGGCUGGCCUUGGAGCUUUCCAGACGAACCUCAUGCCAGGUCUUAGCUUUUGAUCACCGAAAAAAGGUGCUUUCCUGUGUCCCUUCGAAGGAGGAAUGUGGCGGGAAUCUCAUAUUUCAUGUCAAUCUAGAGAAGAGCAGUGCUUGUGCUGCGUAUGAUUAUUUCUCUUCUGAACUUCCAGAUAUCGGCUCUAGUGAUGAAGACUCCAUUUCCCUGCUAAACCCUGAAGUCCAAGAUGAAAUGGAAAAGCUCUUGAAAUACAUUGAGGAUGGAGAUCUUCGUAAAUGGAUCUUGCCAGAUAUUAGAGCAUUCAAUUUAGGACUCAGCGAAUGGCGUUCAAAAUUGAAUUGUAUCACCAACCCACACAUGUAUGAACAGCUGAUGGAGAUGAGAGUUGGAGAUUUAAUUGGUAAAGGCAACUCUUAUAUAUCUAGUAGGCAGAGCGCUGCAAAUAAGUUGUUGGAUAAGGUUUUCGAAGUUCAGUUGGGCAGGGGAUUAUACGGCUCAUGUUUGGGAGUUAGAGCUGAUGGAAACUCAGAUCUAAGCGGUGAAAUUGGGAAGGAACUUAGUAGGAAGAGUGUUGCAGCUGGACUGAGGCCAAUAGGAGCUGUCAUCUAUAUGCAAAGGAAUAAUCUGAAAAUGUGUCUCAGAACUACUGAUAUGUAUACUGAUACUUCUGAAGUUUCCAAGGCAUAUGGUGGAGGUGGCUCUCCAUGCUCAAGCUCCUUCAUAAUUAGGAUGGAUGAGUUCAAUCAUUGGCUUGCAGUGAACAAGAGUUAGGGGGGCAAAUAACGGAAAUGGGAAAAGCGGGGUCUUUAAUUACAAAUGUAAAUGGUGUAUGUCGAUGAAGUCUCGGUUGAAGGAUUCCGCCAACUCUUUUGUUGAAGACGAUGUACUUGAAAAAUCCAUCCUUUCUGGCUAUUCUCUCUAUUCUUGUUUGUGGUUAUCAUUAGAAACACCCAUUUCAUUAUCUUAAGUUAGCAGCAUGUGAUCUUUCAUAGUUUUAAAUAUUUUAAUUCUUUGGAAUAAGAGCAUAUGAGAUGAUCCUUUAAUGGCAUAAAAGCAUUUAAAAGAACUGAAUGCUUAUACUUUGUAAUUCGAUGUAUAAGCAUUCAGUUAUAGUAUGUAUUGCAUUGAAUGGCAUACCCAACCUUUUUGUGCAAAAAGAACACCUCCUGAUCUCCCUUGGCUUCGGAUAUAACAUUAUAGAUUCGUCGUAUCAUAC